AUGUCCGUUCUCCCAGCUGGGGUGCCACCCGGCCACUGCCCCCAGGACCCUCGGCCUUGCCCCUCUGUUGACCAGGCCCGGCUCAGCUCUCCCCCCACCGAGGUCCGGCCCCAGUUCCCAUCAGGAGCUCAGCUCUGUGGGUCAUUUCCCCAGCCCUCUCCUGCCCAUGGUGCAGCACUCAGGAAGCUCACGGAGCUAGCCCUGCGGCCAUCGUCCACACCUCCUGCCAAAAUGCCCCGUGAGAGCAGCCCGGGUCCGGGGUCCAGGCCCCCUGGAGUAACUCUCCGCAGCCCUUUUCUUCUCUGCCUGGCGGCGCCAUUGGAGGGGCUCUUUCAAGCUCUGAAUGUUGAGUGGGAGUCCAGGCCCUCCCCUGCCGACUCCUCUCAGCUUCUCUGA